CCAUCCUCUAACCUUUAUUAAUUCCAUCUAGUCCCAUCAGAGGACUUCUUUCUUCAUUUUGUUUUGGUUUAUAGGUGAAUAUGGAAAGUACCAAAGUAAUUUUCACCCUGCUUUCAGUUCACGUCACGUGCAUGAUAAGAGUAGCUGAGAAUUAUAAUUGUAGAAACGUUUUCCAAAGUGUCAGCUCAAACAGGUGUUAACACGAGGUAUUAAGAAAGUUAAUGUUGAAAUGAAAGCAGCUGAUAUUUAUGUAGUUAGAGGUUAACCUAGAAUAUAAGGUAAUGAAUUUUAUGUCCUGCAUAUUUUCUCUGCAGUUUAGAGAAGAUUAGCUUAAGUCCCAGUCUUUCAGUGAGCUUUGCACCAGAGAAAUUUUCUUCUGUUCCAGAUCAUACCCUGUUACUCCAUUAGCAUAGUUCUUAGUAAGUAUCCAUGUUUAGUCCUGAAUUUGUUCACCUCUUGUACAUGCAAAGUAAAUCAGUUUUACUUCUCACCCAAACAUACCGUUUUAUGAGUAGGUAACACUAACUUAAAUAGCCAUUAUUAACUAAUAGAUUAAUGCUGAUCUACUUUUCUCCACUGUUUAAUAAAUGCUGGGCAGAUUUGGAUAAUUCAGCAAAUCUAGCUAGAGUCUUCUCUCAAAAGUGACUGGAGUAAUGAAUAUGUGUCCAAAGAUCAUACUGUUUCACUUUGCUUUUUAUGAAGUUACGUUCUUUUAGAGAAAGUUUAUGUUCCGUAGAAAUCGGGAAAGAUUCUAAUUAACAGAGCAGAAUGGUUUUUUGGAGCUGUUAAUGUGUCUUUCUCAUCCAGAUCCCAUAAACAUUAGGUAUUUUCUUGAUUUGAUUAGACAUGAAUACAUCAAUGCCUGUUGUAAGCUUGAGUUCACCCUUAUGUCCCCAGCUACCAGCCAUUCAUACUGCUACUGUUUGAGCUGAGGUGGCAUUCUUGCUAAAUGUAAAAAAGACCCUGCUGAAUUUUAGGACCUGAAAUUAAAGCUUUUACCACCUCCUUUCUUGCCUUUCUGUACCUGGGAUAUUAUAGGAAUAUGUUGCUGUGGGCACCAUUUUCAGGAAAGCUGCCAGCAGAAUUCUGCAUUUCUUCCUUUGACUUUUUUCAGUUUUGCUUACUCUGCAGUCUGCAUUAUUUAGCCCUUUAUGUAACUUUCUCUUGCUCCAUACUUGCAUUCACCUGGCAGAAUUAGCCAAGAUUGCUGUACAAGCAAGACUUUCAAAUACUCUCCUUUAGAGUACACCACAUUCUCUUGCACACAUAGCAGUUUGCAAUGGAUGGCCCUCUCAAUCACAGCUAGAAAAACACUCCUCUAAUGUAGUUUUGUAGAGUAUAAGCAUGAGUUAUACGUCAAAUGGAUUCAAUGCAGACAGGAUUAAGGAUGUAAAAACAAAAUGCUACAUAGUAGUGGAGUGACAAAAAAGCAGCCAAGAAGUGCUUAGCACUUACUGUAGGGAGUCUGAGAGGUGCCUGUUGUUACUCCUCAUGUUUAGCAUUUGUGCUUCAGCUCUUCAACUUGCUCUAAGAGUGAAAAAAGAGAAAAGGAAACUUGACCUUGACCUCAAGAGUACAGCUUGACCCCACUGCUACUGGAAGAAUCAUGGAACUGCUUUUCCUGUUCCAUUAAUACCUUCCUUAUAUUUAAAGAAAGUUUUAGCAGCCAAAUGACAUGACCCACAGCAGAAGGGGACUUAACCUUCUAAGUGCCACACAUGAUUUUUAUUCUUCUGGGGAAAAAAUGGGGCACAGACUUCCUGGUAGGCAGCCAGUGAGUGAAGUCAGGUGGAAUUUGCCUUCACUUGAUUAUAAGCAGCUUUGUCCCUUUGUUGAUGCCACCUCAGCCAUACGCUGUUGCCACCUUCUCAUCCUGCCACUUACUGUCAUAAAGCUCAGCAGGGAAAAUAAACUGAAGGCACAAUAACAUAUGGAAGUGUCUUGCCAAGAUCUGGCUGGUCAUUUGAAGUGUUUUUCCUUUUUUCUGUGGGUCGGAGAUGAAGUCAGAACUAUAUGUUGUUUCAUAUAUAGGGAUCAUUAUUUUUAGACCAGCAGUAGGUUUUAGCCUCUGCAUGUAAUCCGCUCAGAGCCACAUGAGGCAUCAAGGUUUGCACAAAGUGUCUGUGGAGCUCAGAAUCAUUGAUGUUGAGUAUAACUUGAGUUUUGGAAGUCUGGAUGCUCAAAGCACUGAAUUGUGUGGUAAUUUAAAGCUCAAUGACUCAUGUUUGUCUAUGUCAACUUCUGUUUCAGGCAUGGGAGAUUUGUGAUAAAAGCUUUUUAUAAAACCAGAUCCCAACUUAUGUAAUUCUUAGUACAUUGGUGUUCUCUGUGUCGAGGGAGAUACGAGGCUGUCCUAUUAACUGUGGCCAGAGUGCCACUGAGUUUGGAGCGUGCAUGUACUGCAGACAGGAAUCUUUGCACGUUCUCAGCAGCCAGGGACAGUGUAUACAGAGGGAAUCUUGGUACAUGUAAAGGUUAUCAGGGCCCAGUCUGAAAAACACCCUCUGAACUGCGUGAGUUUGGUGCUGCCAGUGAGAAGGUUUGCCUAGGAUGUCAUCCCUCAGCUAUACAUAGCAAACUCAAAGCUCCUUACAGAGAAACCUCUUACCAGUCACUUUCCACAAAUGGUGCAUAUACCUAAAGGUACUUAGUGAAAAUCCUUGAGAGGUAUUUAAUGCAAAAGCAGUUAGUCUGGUGUUUUUCAGAAGCCCACACACGCCACUAGCACGGAGGAGUGCAGGGCAGCUACAGCACAGCACUUGGGCCAGUUACUCAUUUUGUCUCAGUUAGGCUGUGCCACCCCAAGACCUUGCCAAGAUGUGUGACAUGGGUGGGCUUGACAAUCUGAUUGCCAACACAGCCUAUCUACAGGCAAGGAAGAGCGGAGAUGGAGACACCAAGGAGAUGCAAAAGAGACGUAAGAGCCUCUCACUGCCCAAGAUUGAUCAAUGCACAGAGGUUAGACAGUCCAUUGUUGCUGAUUAUGACAGCAUCUGUGAGCAGCAGCCCAUUGGCAAGAAAUUCUUCAGAGACUUCUUAGAGACAGUGCCAGAAUAUUUGGUAGCUAGGGACUUCCUGGAUGAAGUGUCAAACUGGGAGUUGGCAGAGGACAAUGUCAAGAGCAGUACCAUGGAGAAUAUGGUCACCAAUUUUCUUAAGGCAGGCUCCAAAAACUAUCUAGCUUUCAUGAGCUCUGACUUGGCCAGCAAAUGCCAGGCAGCUACUGCGAAAGACUAUGAGAAUGUCAUGCUGCUGGCCAAGGAGGAAACGAAACUCUUCCUUAAAGACAAGCCCUUCCAGGACUUCCAGACCAGCCCCUUCUAUGACAAAUUCCUCCAAUGGAAAGUUUUUGAGAAGCAGCCGGUAACUGAGAAAUACUUCUAUGAAUUCCGAGUGCUGGGCAAAGGUGGCUUUGGAGAGGUUUGUGCCAUCCAGGUGAAAAAUACUGGCAAGAUGUAUGCCUGCAAGAAACUGGAUAAGAAAAGGUUGAAAAAGAAAGGUGGCGAGAAGAUGGCACUGCUGGAGAAAGAGAUCCUGGAGAAGGUCAAUAGCCCUUUCAUAGUCACACUAGCUUAUGCCUAUGAGAGCAGAAGCCAUCUGUGUCUUGUCAUGAGCCUCAUGAAUGGAGGGGAUCUGAAGUAUCACAUCUACAAUGUGGGAGAAAGGGGUUUAGCAAUGAACAGGGUCAUCUAUUACUCAGCUCAGAUCACCUGUGGGAUUCUGCAUCUCCAUUCCAUCAAGAUUGUGUACCGGGACAUGAAACCAGAAAAUGUCCUCCUGGAUGAUAACGGCAAUUGCAGACUGUCUGAUCUUGGAUUGGCAGUGCAAGUCAAAGAGGGAAAAAGCAUCACUCAGAGGGCUGGGACAAAUGGUUAUAUGGCUCCAGAAAUCCUGAAGGAGGAAGAUUACAGCUAUCCGGUGGACUGGUUUGCUAUGGGGUGUAGUAUUUAUGAGAUGGUUGCUGGGCGAACACCAUUCAAGGAUUUCAAAGAAAAGGUCGGUAAGGAUGAGGUUAAAAGAAGAACUCUGGAAGAUGAGGUGAAAUUUGAACAUGCCAGCUUUACAGAGGAAGUGAAAGAUAUUUGCCGACUGUUUUUGGCUAAGAAAACAGAGAAUCGUUUAGGAAGCAGAAAUGAAGAUGAUGACCCAAGAAAACAUAGUUUCUUCAAAACAAUAAAUUUCCACAGGCUAGAGGCAAACCUUGUUGACCCUCCGUUUGUGCCAGAUCCAUCAGUUGUCUAUGCCAAAGAUGUUGCAGACAUUGCUGACUUCUCUGAAAUACGAGGAAUUGAGUUUGAUGACAAAGAUAAGAAGUUUUUCAAAAAGUUUGCAACAGGUGCUGUCCCUAUAGCCUGGCAGGAAGAAAUUAUUGAAACGGGACUGUUUGAAGAACUGAAUGAUCCUAACAGAGUAGAUUCUGGGCGUUACGCAAAUGGAGGUGAAGCUAAGUCAGGAGUUUGUUUGUUGUUGUAAAUAUCACAUCAUUAACAAAAAGAGUAGAAACCACCUCAGAACUUUCCAUAUUCUGACACUGUUUCAGAAACUCAGUGCAUCUGUUAAAGAAGAACCAAUCAGUGUAAUAGGACAUUGACAGGCUAUGUAGGACCACCAGCUGUAUAGACUAUAUUAUUUCCUUUGCUCUAACAAAGGAGAUAAUAUUUUUGUUUUAUUGGAGAUUUAUCAAGAUGAAGAACCAUAUUUCUCUAAGAACAUUAAAAUGAUAGAAAUUCUGAAAUACAAAAAGCAAUAAUGGAGUGAAGAGGCAACACCUGUUGGAAAUGACUGACUAGCAUUUUGAAUACAAUGAUUUGUUGGUUUUCUUUCUAUUUUCUUGUUAUUUCUACUAACACUUCCUCAGUCUACAGUUUUCAGGAAAGAUUUUUUUAAUUUUCAAGUCAUAUUCUCAGUUAGACAAUGGAGCUCAUAUAUGAUGUCAAACUUGGAAUCUUAUUGGUUAGCCAGUCUGUCUGUUGUUUUCUUAAUUUCUAUUAGUUUUUGGGUGGUUUGAUUGUAAUAUGUUCAAAUUGUCAUAAAAUGUAAAAGAAGGCUCUACAUAUCACUAGCAAGUAGGACCCAACAGGAUCAAACUCUUUUCAAAGUUGAUUUUUGACAGAGUGAAGAUAAGAUUGCACUAAUUUAAUUGAAUAAAGCAUUUAUUUAUUAUUA